AGACUGCCUUUGUUCAUUGGGGUUCCACUUAGCAUGGAUGCCCAGGUACCGCCGUGACCACCUUUCCUCCGCGAGUUUACCUUAAACUCAUUCCAGGGCAAUAACUUUAUUAGCCUGUUGCAGAAAAACGAAAUGGGCUCUUUAAAGACUAAAAGGUUGAUAGAAAUGAAAACUGAAAUGGAACCAAAUAUAACUUUAAAUACAAAGCGAUCAUUUUUGCCAGAACACAAUCGUUUGAAAAAAUUUACCAUUCCUAAAAGAACACCUGAUAAAGAUUUUCUCACUGACUGUUCCACUAAUCAGAGGGAUUACCAUGAAGUUAAAGAACGGCUGAAUCAAAGUUGCUUUGACAGAGAAUGUGACCUGGGAUCCUUGUGGCAUUUUGAUAAGAUAGAAAUGGUGCACAAUAAAGAUCUUGAGGAAGAAUUUGUUGCGAAGAGGACUAAGAUGCGUGAACAAGGAAGAAUGGACAAGGAACUCUCUAGUUUUUUAGUUGUGUCUAAAGAUGAAGUCUUGAAAAUUUGUCAAAGCGGCCUGUGUACUAGUAACUCAAUCAGAACAGGACUAGACAUCAUGAGGGAACUGGGAAAUCCUCAACUUGGAGUGUAUCUAUUCAGACACGUUGAUAUAGCUUUGAAUUAUGCAUCGAAACACUCAGUUCCAGUAGAAAAUAUCAUUAUUUUCAGGGUUCUCUUAGGAAAAGUGAAAAAAAUUCAGCCUCCGAAGGGCAGAAAGAAAGUUGCUUUGGAUCCGACUCCAAAUUAUGAUUGUCAUGUAUCCAGAAUUCAUCCCUCGCUCAAGGAUUCAAUAGAGGAUCAGGCCAUUGGUUCUUUAGUAUAUAUUUAUGAGUACAGUGAACGUUCAAAACCUGUGGAAAGACCUAGGCAGUGUCUUCCACAUGCAGUAGUAAAAGUACAGUGUAUUAAUCAGAACAUGAGAGCUGACCACCCAGUAAUUUCUUUAAAGUGUAGACCUAAAAGGUUUUCUAAGGGAAGGGGCCGAGGCCUCCUUCUGGAAAAUUGCACAAUAGUCACAAGGAUAGGUAAUAGCAAGCUUAUCUAUGAGCAUUUCCACAAGCCCAAAAACUGUGCUGUAAGUGAUAAUGUAUCUGUAGAAAUUUCUGCUUUGUCUGAAAGUGGACCCAACUGGAAUUGCUCUGGAGCGGAAACCCAAGAUAGUAAAAUUAAAAACAAAUUACUUGGACGAUGGGAUUCAGCAGAGGUAGAGGCAGAUGUACAGAAUUUUAAGUGUAUGCCUGAUGUGGAUUGCAACAGAGAUGCUAAAAGUGACCACAUGGGAAGCUGUAAUAAGAAUCCAAAUGACACUUCAGUUACUUAUGGUGAAUUAAGCACUAUAAUUACUUCAAAAUUGAUUAAGGAUCCAAGGCUAACAAAAAAGGGAAAAAAACCAGGAAAACAAAAUGGAGAGCCAGUCUCUCAAGGGUUUUCACAGUGUGAGAAUAAGCUAAAAUAUCAAACAGAAAUUAAAAUGUCUGCGACUAUAGGCACACCGUGGCCUGACCCUGGGGAACCUUGUCUCCAUAAUGAGUCCUGGCAUGUGGUUAGUGAAGAGCAGUAUAUGGCAAAAACAUCAUGGAAAGACAGGGUUUCAGGAGAGCAUCAGUUGCCUUUAAAUAGCAAUGAUGAAUGUCUAGUGAACAAUGAACACGUCAUACUUAAUGUAAACCAACUUAAUAGAGAGCUUCUAGAUUCUCAGAGCACUGAUACAAAUCUUGCCAUCAAAAGUAAUCUAAGUCAUAGUUCUUUAAAAUCUGCAGGCAGUGGGAUCAAAACUGCCACCCAGAUCUUUUCUGGAAGAGAUGAAAAAGUAAAAUAUUCAAAACCAUUGUUGUUAGGCCAGAAUGAAAACAGCAUACAUACAGACAGUGUAGAUUCUGCUUCCAUAGGCAACAGCACUUACACACACAACAAAGAACAGCUUGUCCUUGCUCCACCUUUUCAGAUAAGUACAUGCAUCAAUGAUCUUGAAAGAGUUGUAGCUGACAAAGAUGAGCUGGAUGGUAGAGAAGAUAUGUACAGCCAAUUUCAAGAGGAUGAUGGUUACAGUUCUGAAAUACAGUGCUCUGCCAGCCUUGAUUCAGAAUGUUCCAAGAACCAUUGUAUAUCAAAGGGGGAUGAUGAGACAUUACACUCUGGAUUUCAUGGAAGAAUGCAUCUUCCUGAAAGUCCAAUGAGAGACUUAUGGACUGGAGAUAACAUCUGUGAACAGUCUGCAGGAGAUCAAGUGCAUGCAGAAAUUUUUGAACAAAAUAAGCUCCAAGAGAUGGCACACUCUGUAAAAUCCAUCAUGAAUGAAAUCCCUGAAAAAGGUAAUAUUAGGCAGGUACUUUCUUCAUCUGAAAGAGCAAGCGACUCCAUAAGUGAAAUAGAAGAAAAUACAUCCAAAAAUUUAGAGGAAUGUAGAGAUAAUGUAAAAGACUGGAUGAACACUUCUCAUAUUUUGGAUUCAGAAAACUCAGCUUCUGAUUUCAACUUGAAUUUUAAAGAGAAAUGUUCAUUUACAGAGUCACAGUUGACAAAAAUAGAAAGUGGUGAGGAGAAAUUGAGUAAUCUAUCUGAUCCAGCAUUGCUCAAUAAAUGCUCAGGCCUGACAACAGAAGACAAUGCCCUUAUGUUAGUCACUUCUACUCAUGUACCUUUGGGGUGUGUGAAGGAUUCAGAAAUUAAACAUCCUCAGUUUGAAUACACAUCUCAUUCUACAAAUGAAAAUGUAGGAGCAUUGAACAGAAGUUUGCCUCAGAACAACAGUAUGCCAGAAAUAUUUGAACAGGAAUUAGAAGUUAAUAGCGGGACUGAGAUUUUGUCUGAGGGUUACAAGAAAUGCGUCUCAAUACCACAGAACCUGCACAGUCACACAGAGGUGUCUAGUGAGGAAGCUGACACUGAAUAUCAGUAUUUACAAGAGCGUAUGGAUUGGGAGAAUCUGUUGGCAAAACCUAGUCCAGAUAUAGAGAUUUCAAGAAGUACUGUUCUGAAGGAAAACAAAAAUGAGUGUUCAUGUGAUGAAAAAACAGAUCUGGGGGAAAAGGAAACAAAACUGUUCAACGUAUAUGUGAGGCCUGACUUACAAAUUACAGUAGCUAACACUUUACAUACCCAUCAUGGCUAUCUUAAAAUGAGGACAGGAAUGGGGCAAUUCCUAAUUAAACGUUCAGGACAAAAAAAAGAGGAAAAGAGGAAAGAGGAAAAAAUUGAAAAAUAUACACUGGGCCAGAAAGAUUCCAAAAUUCUUCACCAAAACAAAGCACCAAAUAAUCACUGUUUAUCUGAAAUGGCUCUUCCAUUAUCCAAGGGACAAUUUGAAACAUUUGAACAAUCUGAAAAGAAUAUUAAGAAUGUUUUGCAUACUCUUAAUACUGAGGCAUCAUUCUGCGAAAGCAAACAUUUGUCUCAAAAAAUAAAUGGAGCAAUGUUUCACUUAAAAAAAGCUCAGAGGAAUGUUCAGAAAUACUUAAAAAUCUUGUCCAAGACUGUAAAGAAGAAAAGAAAUGUCUCAAACUCACACAAAAUUGAACUGAGUAACUUACUUGUAAAUUCUGAUUGUGCAAGUUACAAUGUCAUGUCUGUCAAAGAAAUGGCUGUUUGUUUUACAGAGCAAAAAAGUCCUAAUAUUAGCAUGCUUACCCCUCCUACAGAAAUGAGACAAGCAGGUGAAAAAACAAAUAAUAAAUUAGAAAGUCACAUUGAAAGUAAAGAAGAGACCUGCUGUACAACCAGUUUCUUGAAUGAUAAUGAAAGUUACUCUGGAGCCUUAAAUUUGGAUCAUUCUGUAACAUCUGCUUUCAUUUCAGAUAUGCCUUUUAGCAGCAAUAACACGAUAAUCAAAGUAACAGAACAUGAGCUCUCUGAAAAGUCCACUGGUUCAGAUACCAUUGAACUUGGUGAUACAAAACCAGCCAGCGAUGAAAGCAGUGUGAAUAGCAGUGUGGUGUCAGAAAAUAAUAUCCAAGAACAUUUUUCUCCCAUCAUGGGAAGUGCAAAGCAGGAGCUCAGCUUUAAAGCAAACAAAAAUAUUGUGACAAGCAAAAAUAUUGCAGAACAUUUAAAUGUAGUGGUUGGGGCAGAGGAAUUAAGUAUCUGUCUUGCAGACCUAGAAACAGAUGCUUGUAAGUCUAAUGUAAAGACAAGUACAGUCAGACUUGCCACGUCAGUUGAGAAAUCUUCAGGAAAGCUAAAGCUUUCUAAGUCAGGUGAUAUUUCUAAGUUACCUCCCAUUUUCACUGGGAAGGAUACUUUUUCUAAUGAAAAAGACGCUGGGGAAAUAACAGCACAGCAAAACAACAUAAGCGUAAGUGUUGGCAAGGCCCAAGGCUGUGAUUUAUCACAUGCAUUAGUACCUGCUGUAAAAAGUAAACAUGAUGCUAGAGAUCCUAAAGUUCUGUUUACUCCACAAAUUCAUGGUUCUGGAUGCAAAACAAAGACAGAUAAUCAGACUUCCCCAGCCAGCCAUGAGAAGGCGGUUAAGUGUCAUUCUGUGUUGCCAUUAAGAAGAGAUUCAAAGCAGGGAUGUAUUACCGCACCUAUGAUUUCACCUUGUGCCCAUGAUAAUAUCUUGCCAAAGGACAGAAGGUUUUCAAGUGAACAUUCUUACAACUGCGAAAACAUCAUUUCUGACACCAGACUUCAAAUAGAAGUAGAACAAACAGCUCUUGGUUUUAUAAUGCAAAUGUCAGAAAUUUUGCAGAAGGCAGAUGAAACCUCAUGUUUAAAUGUAUUACAAGAACAACUUAUAGUCUGCAAAAACAUUCUCCCCUUGUUCAUCAGAGCUUUAGAAGAAAAGCAGGGCUGUUCCUUUGAACAUGUUCUGGUAUCAAGGGAGAAUGCAGAAAAAUGUGUGCAAACUAAAUUAAAACCGUGUGCCAUUGAGUCAUUUGUAGAGUUACAAAUUAUAAUGGAAGCUGUUGAAUUUCUGGAGAAUAAGAGGAGGUACUUGCAGGGUAAGCAUACAUUCCGCAGCUUGCUUUGGUUUGAUGAUACACUGUGUAUUGAGUUGUUUGGUGGCCAGUCAGGUUAUCAGCAACAAUCAAAUUUCUAUCCUGCUUUUCAGCAGUGUCUAAAAUACAAUGCCCUUACUGAGUUGCAAAACCAUCACAAAAAAAUUGUAGACAAGUUUGAGAUUACAAAACUGGAAAAUAAAUCUUACUAUUAUUUAUUGAAAUUGAGACGUGAAAUUAAGGAAUGUGAAGCAGCAGUCAAAAGUAAUUCCGUUUUGGAUGAGUUUUUCCUAUCGGAACCAUAUGUUUGUGGAGUGAACUAUGGGACUACAGUAGAAGAUUUAGAAAAUGCCAGGAAAAGUAUAGUAGAUUUAAUAAGCACAUAUAGGAAUCAUUCAGGCACUCUAUGCACUGAAAAACUGGAACACCUUGGGAUUAUAAUGGAAAUUAUUAAUACAAAGAUAGAAUUUAUAAGGACCCAUGAAGGCAAUAUAAAAACUUUAUUUAUUGGGUUGGAACAUAUAUUUUUUAAUUGUGCUUUAAGUUGUAUUUUAAAAGAAAGACCCACAUUUGUAAAUAGGGAGGAAGGAGAUAUGCUUGAAAUAUAUGAAGCUGCCCUUCCUGAACUUUAUAAGAUCUUUGAGAAUAGUGUGGAGAAACUUGAAAGAAAUUUUAAUUGUGCUUCUGAAAAUGACAUCCUGAGAAAAUCUGUAGAACAGCCUUGUAGUUAUAAAAAGCCAGAUGGAGGGACAAAUUAUGAUAUUAGGAAUUAUUUAGUUUCAUAUCCCAAGAUUUCUAUUGGAGACAUACUAGAUGAAGCUCAGUCUUUCAAUAUUGAAAGAUUGCGAGAGCAUCAGUACAGAUGCACAGAACAACUGGAAGUCCUGAAAAAGUACUUUCAGAUUAUACAGGAAGAAGAUGUGGAUGAUGUGUUGAUCACACAAGAAAAUGUGCUCAGUUUCAUGGAAAGCAGUAGCCAAAGGGCCAUUCGUAUAAAACCAGAAGCCAUUGAGGUUUAUAUAGAACUGGCCAUGGUCCAUGAAACAUUGUGUUUCAUUCAGAAUUCAUUAGCCAGAAAAGAAAACAAGCCAAGAUAUCGGAGUUUAUUAUGGUAUGAUUUGUCACUUGUAAAUGAACUCUUUUAUUGCCAACAGAAAAUGGCUUCCUUUAGUUAUCGGAAAGAUAACCUUUUAGAAAUUAUAGAGUCUGCCAUCUCUGAUGUUCAGGAGGAGUUAAAUGUUGUUUAUGAUUAUGCAGAAAGCUUAAACUGCUCAUAUGCACGUCAGCUGCUUACAAGAGAGCUUGAGGAGCUUUUAGAGACCAGAAAGUACCUGCAAAUGUCGGUAUCCUCCAUCUGCAUGUGCAUUGACUUAACACCAUAUACUAUCGCUCUGAAUUACGGGAGUAAUAUAUCUGAACUGGAAUACAAUUAUGAACAGUUCUAUUCUCUUCUUGAAAAACUACUUUUAGAAGACAGAAAGGAUCUAGGGAAAAUGGCUCAUAUUAUGAAAAUUUUAAAAACUAUUGAACAUAUGAAAUUUACCUGUACAAAACAAGAAAAACCACCUCUUCAUCUGGUCAUAUAUCAGAUGCUUAAAAACUGGAGAAAAUCUCGGUUGAGAAAACAAGGAGAUAUGAGAAGACCUAUGGAUGCAAAUGGGAGUAACAGCAUGAAACACAAGAGGCCUGCUGGUGUAACUGCAGAAGACAAUUCCUGUGACCAUGAAGAAAAGAAUGAUUCUUCUGAUAGUAAAAAGAAAAAGGUUGUUGCUUCAUUGAUGACCAUGAAAAAGAAACAAGAAAAGGAAACCUGCAGGAACAUGAGAAACAGUGUUGACAUUGAGUGGUCUACUGAACAGCCACCAGAAAGGGUGGAAGACCUAAAUCUCUAGAAAGAGAAAAACUGCGGUUAAGGAUUUCCACAGACAAUACUUGGAAUAAAAAAGAUGAGUGUCAGAGAGACAAGCCAUCUCUCUCACCUUCAUAUUCAAAAGGUUUGGAAGCUGCUGGUCCUUUGGACUGUAUUGAGUUUUCACCAAGCAUUUCUAGUCCUGCAUUAAUUAACUCAAAUGCAUUGGACAGUCAAAAAAAUCCAAUUGAUCUAAAAGACCUCAACAAGAACUGGAAGGGUUGUUCAAAAGCAAAUAACCAGGAAUGCUUUGCCUCAUGUAAUGAGAGAGGCAAAGUUGUAUCUAUAUCUCCAAACACAGUUCCAUCCCCACAGAGUUCCCCUGAGGACUCUCUUGCAUCAGCAAAAUUAAGUGGCAUGUUACCCCCAAUGGAUCAGUACCAUGACCUGAAACAAGGUAUUACAGGGAAUGCUUCAGGUUUGAUUCCUAGUUGUUGCACAGCUGUACCUCUGGAACUUGAUAGCAGUAGGGAGAUUUAUGAAGAAAAAUCUGUGGCCAGCUAUGCACCAGACUGUAAUUCAGAUUCUUCAGCAGUCCCUGAAUUAAAUAAAUUUUGUUCAGGUCCAUUUUCUACUGAAAGCACCCAAACUUCUGCGCAGUGUUCUGCUUUCACCCAAAAUGAACAUACAGAGGAAACACCUAACAUUCAUAGUUAUUCUUUACACACUUACAGGACAGUCUAUCCCUCCUACUCUUGGCACUUCUAUCAAACUGGUAGCAGUUGUCACCAAGUUACACAGACGUACCAGGAGUUCAGUUCUUAUGAAAUGCACCAGGUGACUCCAUCCAUGCUUACAGCUACCAGCAUGGUAUAUAACACACAAUCCAGUACUUUCUGUUCACAGUCUUAUAGUCACUUUGGGGUUGGGGAAUCCCAGAGGUUUAAUUUUGCCCAGACCUACCCAGUGCAUAGCUAUUUCAGCUCUACAAUGUCCUUUCCAUACAGCUAUCAGCAAUGGCCAUCUUGGUACACAGAAAGCCAUCCUACAGCACAAGCUGCUUAUCCCUAUUUUUCCAAUAUUGGCUUGUGAAUCUGUGUCGUUCCACGCUUAGUCUUUUAUCAAGAAAAUGUUUCAGCUUGUGGAACAAGAGUCUUAGUGCUUACCUCAGACACAGGACUGCUAUUAAAUAAGUAACCCAGUGCAAACUUAGUUAUGAGACGUGGAUCUGAUUCUGUGCUGGUUUAGAUGUUAGGAAUUUCUUGGGGAGCAAACUCCAGCAGCCUGAGGAAAGUAAAACAUAAACCAGCAUGUCAUCACUUCCUGGCACAUGUGACACUUUCUUGGCUGCAUGUGACACUGCUGAGAAGGGGGCACUUGUAACUGUGGAGACACUGGGUCUCAUUUUACUUUGUGUACUUCAAGGGUACUGAACUAGUCUUCACAAGUUGUCACCACUGUUAUUUGGUAUUAUUCCUAGGCUUUGUUCUUUUCAUUUUAAAAACUUAAAAAAGUGACUCUUUAGUAAUAUUGAUGAUGCCAAGGAGUAGCAUUUCCAAAGGAGAAACAGGGGGAAGUGGAUUGUUCAUUGGAAAUGCUCCCCGCACCGAUCUGAUCAGAAAUAAUUCUGUUUAGAAGAAAAUUGCUAGUUAAGCUUUUGAUGGGAAGAAUCUGUGGACGUUGCAAACACAACAGUAACCAUGACACACGCAUGCCAUUCUUGUUGAGGAGAGCCCAGUGUUUUAGUUGUUACCUUCACAAAUGCAGGUUUGGGGAACAUACAGCUAAGAUAAACAUAGUUUUGGUCUUAAACAAUUCUUGUGUGUGAUCAUGGCUGACAUGAUUAGGACUUGAAACUGGAGAUUUCUGCACAUUUGGUAGGUUCAGAAGAAACAAAAAUCAGUGGUGAUUAGAAGUGGGCUGCAGCUAUUGGAUCACAGGCAAAAGCUUGUGCUGUUGCAGUGAAAGCAGCAUUCCAGCUAAGGACUGGACAGAGUGUGAAAAAGACUAUUACACUGAUUGUGCUAAAAAAAUAGUGAAGACUGAAUUCUCGGGUUUUUUUAGUUGCCUGGCAACAGUCACCUCUAAUUUCCAUUAUGGCCUUUUUGUAUUCAAUUGUAAUGUUUCCUUAUGAAAGAUAUUGCAUCUUCUGUUAAAAUUCGCAUACUUGAAUGACAGCCACAUAAUAUUUUCAACUAUAAUGAAACAGGCAAAUAACCCAAAUCAGAAUUUGUGCUUAAAAUGCCUGCUGUACCCUAUCUGAAUAUCAGUGGGGUUUAAGUGUGCAUGUACUCGAUUCUGGCAUUAUUACCCAGCCUCUUUUAUCAGAUUUCCUACCAAAGCUCUGGGUUUGUUUUAAGGUUGAUACUUUUAGCUGAUGGAUCCAUAAAGCAAGUAACUGUUGUCUGCUUUGAUUUCAAAACUAAUACAGAAGUCCAAAAGAGAGGGCAACAGUAAACAGAACAAGAAAAAGCAGCUAGGGUCUUACUAAAACUAGGGGGGGUUCAGUUGGCUUAAAUGCCCCAUUUUUUUCUAUGCAAUAAUUGUGCUUUUCAUGUUUGGGUUUUUAAAUUCAAAAUUCUUGUUUGUAUACCUUAAACACGUAGAUAGAUGUUUUAAGUCUCAGCUUCUUUUUACAAAAUCUGAUGUCUGUUUUAAUAUUUUCAAAUUAUGACAAUUUAAAAGACUGGAUUCAGAAAGCUCAUGUAAAAUUAUUUUUGUAGUUUACACACAGUUUUAUAUUCAUAUUUUUACAAUUUAUUUUUUAAUCUUAGCAUUUAUACCUGCAUAAUCUUAAAACUUUUUUGAUUUUCUGCAUUAUGGCUUUAAAUAAACAUUUUGUUAAUACACUU